AGAAGAAGAAAAUGUACCCCAUAUUCAUAUUCAUAUUCAUAUUCUUAUUCUGAAGCCUGUCAAUUUGAUUCAAUUCAAUCUCUCUCUUUCUCACUCCAAACAUUCUCAAUUCUCUUCAGGAAGUAAAAAUGGCAGCAGUAGGAACAAUUGGUAAACAUGUACUUUCUGAGAAGCCCCUGUUUGAAGGAAAAUCUGUCAACAAUCAUACUUGGAGGGUUUCUCGAAUCGCAUUCUCGGGAUCUGCAAGAUCAGAGCUUUCAUGGUCUUGUGCAGUCUUGGGAUCCAGAUUGUUUUACCCUCAUCAGAAUGCUGCAUUCACUAAAUUGGGAAAGCAGAGGAAAACUCUAGCAGCAAUAACUGCAUCCUUGAGUGAUAGAACCUCGAUGUAUUUUGAUUUUGCAGUGAUUGGAAGUGGGGUUGCUGGCCUUCGGUAUGCUCUUGAAGUUGCAAAGCAUGGAACUGUUGCUGUGAUAACCAAGGCUGAACCUCAUGAGAGCAAUACAAACUAUGCUCAAGGUGGUGUUAGUGCAGUGCUAUCUCCUUCGGAUUCUGUAGAAAGUCACAUGCAAGAUACCAUUAUUGCGGGAGCUCAUCUAUGUAACGAGGAGACCGUCAGGGUGGUAUGCACUGAAGGCCCAGAAAGAAUUAGAGAACUUAUUGCAAUCGGAGCAUCCUUUGAUCAUGGCGAUGAUGGAAAUUUGCACCUAGCUAGGGAGGGUGGGCAUUCCCAUCGCAGAAUUGUUCAUGCGGCUGAUAUGACUGGAAGGGAAAUAGAGAGGGCACUAUUAGAAGCGGCUGUCAGGGACCCUAACAUUUUCUUGUUUCAACACCAUUUUGCUAUCGAUCUAUUGACUUCCCAGGAUGGUUCCAACACUGCUUGUCAUGGUGUUGACACUUUAAAUACUGAAACACUGGAGGUGGUGCGAUUUCUAUCAAAAGUGACUUUACUUGCAUCUGGUGGUGCUGGUCAUAUCUACCCAACCACGACAAAUCCUCUGGUAGCAACUGGAGACGGAGUUGCUAUGGCCCAUCGAGCCCAAGCCGUAAUCGCAAAUAUGGAGUUUGUUCAGUUUCACCCAACAGCCUUAGCAGAUGAAGGCCUUCCUGUAUCACCAGUGAAGGCCCGAGAAAAUGCAUUUCUUAUAACAGAAGCUGUGAGGGGAGAUGGAGGGAUCCUUUACAAUUCGGACAUGGAAAGAUUUAUGCCUCUGUAUGACGAGAGAAUGGAGCUUGCACCGAGAGAUGUGGUUGCAAGAAGUAUAGAUGAUCAAUUGAAAAAGCGAAAUGAGAAAUACGUUCUCCUUGACAUUAGUCACAAACCACAGGAUGAAAUCCUUUCUCAUUUUCCUAACAUUGCAGCUGAAUGUCUCAAGUUUGGCCUUGACAUAACACGACACCCAAUUCCUGUGGUCCCUGCUGCUCAUUACAUGUGUGGAGGAGUUCGAGCUGGGCUCCAAGGGGAAACAAAUGUGACAGGCCUCUACGUUGCAGGAGAGGUUGCUUGCACAGGCUUGCAUGGAGCUAAUCGGCUCGCAAGUAAUUCAUUACUCGAAGCCUUAGUUUUUGCAAGAAGAGCUGUGCAGCCUGCAAUAGACCAUAUGUGUAACUCAAAACUCAAUUUAAAUGCUUCUGAUAGGUGGGCAAAACCAAUGGUUGCUACAUCACUUGGUGAUGAUGUACUUGGAAAACUCAUAACUAAGACAAAAGAAAUUAGGAAAGAACUGCAAGCCGUUAUGUGGACAUAUGUUGGAAUUGUAAGGUCCACAGCUAGACUAACGACUGCAGAGCAGAAAAUCGCCAGGUUGGAAGUUAAAUGGGAGGAAUACUUGUUUCAACAUGGAUGGAAGCCAACAAUGGUUGGACUUGAAGCUUGUGAAAUGAGGAAUCUCUUUUGUUGUGCCAAGUUGGUAGUUAGCAGUGCUUUAUCAAGAACUGAAAGCCGUGGCCUUCACUAUACCACUGAUUUCCCUCAUCUAGUGGAAAGCAAAAGGCUCCCAACCAUUAUUUGGCCUUCCUCACACAUCAACACUACAUGGAGUUCGAGGCAACUUCAUCAGCAGUCAAUCUGCCUAUAGUAUUAACUCUUAUGGCUCAUUUGGUAGGUGAUAAUUGAUGAUGAGCUUAUAUGUAAUUUUGUGAGGCAGUGACUAAUCUAGGAAUUUGUUCAAAUCAAAUGUAAAUAAAUUCAUUUAUAUAAAUUAAUAAAAAAAACAUAUAAAUACACUUUUCUAAUGAUUUACAAAAUAAAAAUAAUUUAGUACAAAACAAAAAUGUAUUUCAUUAAGAAAAUUAUUACACUGUUUUUUAUGAAAGUAUAUUUGCAUGAUUAUACAGAGAAUUUCCAAUGUUUUUAUUUAUAUAUAGGAAAAAUUGUAAGCUAAAAUCCAACCUUUUGCCUCAUCAGCCUAAA